AUGGCGGCACCGCCGUCACCCUCUGCCGACUACUUUGCCGGUCGUCAAACUGCGCGCACGCGACCUCCACCGACCGUGCUUCCGGAGAGGCAGCGGACUGGCGGAGGCCCGGGAACACCUGGAUCGCCGCGCACUCCAGUACUCGGUCGAAGCAUCUCCUCUCAGUUUGCAUCACCGGGUAGCUACCGCGGAGAGCAGGAGGACACUGUAGUCUACGAGCUUGGCGCAAGGCAUAUAUCUGCCGGCUUUGCGGGAGAGAGUAGGCCGAGAUGCAUUCUGCGCUUCCACCCAGACAUGGGACGUAGAGUGGGCGAGUACAGACAGUACGAUCCGCAGUAUACCUCUUCACGGCGCGGCAGUACUAAGCGGAACGCGUGGGGCGAUGGCUAUGAGCUCUAUCGUACGGAUUGUAGGGGUCUUGAUCUUGGCUUGGUGCACGACAAGCUCGAGCGAGCCGUGCGUACUGUGCAUGCGGACUUCUUACAGCUUGAUCAGAAGCCUCGUAAAGCCGUACUUGCCGUGCCUUCUUUGCUGCCGACGCCACUACUUGAGGUUGCGCUACGAAUACUAUUCAAUCACUACGCACAGCCACCUUCUGUGCAGAUCUUGAGCACGCCAAUACUGGCAUGCGUAGGAGCUGGACUUCGCAAUGCUCUAGUAAUCGAACUAGGAUGGGAGGAAAUCGUCAUCACUGCCGUUGGUGAAUAUCGGGAGGUGUUUCAACGGCGUAGCGUAAGGGCAGGAAAGCGGUUGAGCGAGAUCACGGCGUUGAUGCUGCAGGACGAAGUCAAGAAGGCCAACCCAGGCGAGGAGGGCAAAGUAGACUUUGCUCAUGCGGAGGAUGUUGUCGAAAGACUAGGCUGGUGUAAGCCGCAGCCUCAGCAGUCCAGCGCAAACGAGAAGGAGACCAUUAAGCAGAUACCACUUCCUGACGGACAGUCCACUUCAAUGGCGGUGCCGUUCAGCCGUCUCUCGGAGCCCGCAGAGGACCUGUUCUUCACGGCUUCAGACCUGCAAGACUUGGAUGACAACGAUCUCCCGCUCCACGUCCUCGCUUAUCGCGUUCUUCUCGCCCUACCACUCGACCUUCGUGCACUCUGCAUCUCACGAAUAGUUCUCACAGGCGGCUUAGGGAGUUUUCCGGGCCUUCGGUCCCGUCUGCUCUGCGAGCUCAACGAACUGGUUGGGAAGCGCGGCUGGGAUCCCGUCGCCAAGUAUGGCAGCGCCACGGCUUGGCAUGAGCGAACACUUAGGGAAAGAAGCGCCAACAUUGCAGCAGCUCGGCAAGCUGGCACCGACGGAGAAUCGUCGGCGAACCCUACGAAGCAGGCAGCGCCGGACUUUGUCCCGGCGAGACACAGGAAGCACGACGAUAUUAAGGACCACGUCACGCUGAAGUCUGAACGUAAUCACGGCGCUAGACCGCAAGAUAUUAUCGUCAAAGGUGUUGUCCGUGGGGUCGAGACGCUGGGCCCGUGGGCCGGCGCCAGUAUGGUAGCAAGUUUGCGAAUCAAGGGAGUGCGCGAAGUGGAGAGAGAAGACUUCCUCAAGCAUGGCCUUAAGGACGGCGCUGCAGUAUAUUGA